AUGAUUUUAAAAAAUGAAGUUAAUAAUAAUAAUGGAAAAUCUAAUUCGAAAGUUGCAGUUGUUCAUAGUAGUGUCAAUGAUGAAGAAUAUCUUGAAAGUGAAACAAAAGAUUAUGAGGUUAAUGUAAAUGAAUUUAGAGAAGAUAGGAGAAGGAAAAGGAAUAGAAGUUUAUGUAGUACCGACACAAACGAUAAUAAUGGUAACGGUAAUAGUAAUAGUAAUAGUACAAGUACUAGUUUAUUUAAUAGCAAUGUGAAUUCUUCUAACUCUACCGAAUUAGGGAACAAUAGAGAAUUAAAGGAUAUUAUUGAAAAUAUUGUAGAAAAAGAUAAUUACGAUAAAUCGAAUGUAAAUGUUUUGGAUAGCAGUAGUAGUAUUGUUAAAACGAAAAAUGUAGAGAGUGAGUUAAAUGAGGAAAAGGAUACUAUUAAUACGAUUAAAGAAAUGAUAGAUAAUGGGAAUAAUAUAGAAAUUAAAAAUAAUGAGGAAGAGAAAAAAAAAUUUAUAAAUGAUAAUAGUACUUUUAUUAGAAAAAGGAAAAGUAGAAGAGGACAGAGUUUGAAUUACGAACCAGUUACUUCUAUUAGAAGAACAACAAGAAAAUGCGCUAGAAGUUAUAGAGAUAAUAUGUUUUUUCAAGAGGAAAAUAUAGAACACAAUGAAGAAAGUAAUGAAAUAAUAAUAUCGAAUGGUGAGGUGAAGGUAUUGGAAAAACAGAAGAAUUUAUCGCGUGAAAUAGAAUUAAACAGUUCUGAUGAUAAUAUUUGUAAUGAAAAGGAAUUAGGUGAACCUAGUACUAAAUUGAAUAUAACGAAUGUUGAAGGUGUUGAAGGAGAUUACACUGGAAAGAAUGUUUUAAAUGGAAAGGAUAAUUUAUGUAGAAAAGGUUAUAAUAUAAAUAGUGAAAAAUCAUCCCAUUAUUUUUGCAAUGUUCUAGGAAAUGAUGUUCUAGUCGAUACUUCGGAAAAACCCUUAAAUAAUCAUAACAAAGAUAUAGAUAAAUCUAGUGAAAGUAACAUAGAUAAUAGUAUUUUAAAAAGUAAUGAUAAUCUUGAUUACUCUAUGUUGAAUAAUUCAGAACAGAAGAAAGAAGUUGCUCUUGAAGAUAUAACAGUUGUUGGUCAUAAGAAGGUAACACAUGGCCAUAAUAAAGGUAAAAAAUACAAUGUUAGAAAAAAAUUAAAAGGAAAUAGUACUGUAGUUGCAGUGAAUGCUGAUAUAUUAGAGAAUAAUACUAUUUUGAAUAGCAGUAAAGAUAGUAAUGUUACUAUCAAUGAGGAAAAUAAAGAAGAUAAUUUAAUUAGGCAAACGCAUGAGAGAAAAACAGUUGUUCCCCAUGUAGAAGUGAGAAGGAGAGGAAGAAAAAAGAAAACAAAUAAAAUAUUAAAUUAUGUGAUAAAUUUAAAUACAAAGCAAAAAAUUAGUGAAAAUAAGAAUAUAACAAGCAUUUGUACAGACGAAAACAGAGGAAGAAAAGAUGAUGUAUAUAGGACGAAUAGCAUAGCAUUUGAUUUAGAUAGUCAGAACACAGAGCUACCACAAGCGUUACAAAAUACGCAUGAAAAUUUGACUUUUGAGGGUAACUUAAAAGUUGAUAAUAAUAAUAGUAGUAGUAGUAUUAAUAAAACUAAUAUACAUAAUAAAAGAAGGAAAUUGAGGGAUGAACAAAUUAAAGAUGAUUAUGAAUAUAAUAAUACGAACUCUGAUUGCUUAUUAAGAAGUAAUAUUGUAAGAAGGAGGAAAUACAAAAGAGGAAAAAGUAGAAAUAGAAAUCGAAGUAGAAGUGGAAAUAAAAGUAAAAGAGAUUGUGAGGUGAAUAGAAGCUCGUUAAUGGACAUGUCAUUUAACGCUUCAAGUUGCAAAGGAAGUAGUACCGUUUUGGAGAACGUAGAUAAAUGUAAUAAUGAUGUAAGUGGUAGAUACUGUAGUAGUAAUAAUAAUAAUAACAAUAAUGGUACGCAUAGAAAUAAUAGUGUUAGUCAUAAUAAUCGUGAUAGUGACAGUACUAGUAGUACUAGAAGACUGUUUCCGAAUGAAACUUUUCAAAUUAAAGAGGAGUUUCUGAAUAAUGUAAACAGUCUUAAUACAGUAUUUAACUUUAAUGAAGAAUUUGUUAGAUUUUUACAAAGAGUAAGUCAAUUUGAAGACAUAGAUUAUGAUACUAUGUUAUCGUUUUUAAAUGAAAUUCAAAUUAAGUUGACCAACACGAUUAAACAAGAAUUCUCUAAUGAGUGUUUUGAUUCUCAUAAUAUAGAAAAAACAGUGUAUACGAUGAGACAUGUAGUAGAUAUCAUAAAUAAUAACAAUGAAAUUUUAAAUAAAUUAAAUCAAUUAGAAUAUAAGUUUUAUUAUGACUAUUUAAGAAAUAGAUCGGCUGAAGGAGUUACCAAUAAUUUUUGUGGGGGCACAGAAAAUAAUAUAGCAAUAAAUAUUUCUCGUAUUCCAAGGAAUAUUAAUAAUGAAUGUUGUGCUAAGAUACAAAGAAAUAAUGAAGAUUCUCCAAUUAAUAUAGAGGAGGAUAAUACAGAACAUAACAAAAUAGAUGAUGAAGAGGCAAGGAAAUUAAAUGAACUUUUACAUUGUACAAAUAAUAAAGAAACAGAUGAUGCAUACAUAAUUCCAAAUUGUACAAAUGUAAGAACAGAUGUAUAUUUCAUGAAUUAUAAUGAUGAAAAUGAUUGUUAUCGUUUAAACGAAGCACAAAUGUUAAAUUUAAGCAAUACUUGUGAUAUUUUAAAUAAUGUUAAGAUUGAAGAUAUGUAUGUUGAUGAGAAUGAUGAACGAACAAACAAUGAAAGUAAUGUGUUAUUUUCAUCAGAAGAAAUACGUUCACAACCUCUUCAGAAAGGCGGUGAUGAACACUAUGAAAGAAGAAGUUUAAAUAAAAGUACAGAUUAUGAUGAUAGGGAUGAGGAUAUUGAGAAAGAUGUCGAUGAUGAUGAUAAUAAUGAAGAUGUAUGUUUAGAGAGUAGGAAAAUAACGAACUGGAAUGAAAGGGAAGCAGAGGAGGAAGCUGCAAAUAGAAUUCGCGAUGACGAAGAAUAUAAUGAAAUUGCAAGGAAAAUAAAUGAUCUUCAAAAAGAGUUAAAUACGAAUAGAAGAAAUUUUCAAAAUGAGCAUGCACAUAAAUUGAUCUAUCAGAACAAUGUUGAUUUUGUAUGUGAUGAAUUAAAUAGACUUAUUAAACAAACAUUAAAAAGUGAAGAUUUAUAUUAUUCCAAUUUUUCCAAAGGAAGAUACAGAAAUGUGACCCAUAGAAGUUUAUAUAGAAACUAUAUUUCAAGCAAAUUAUAUAGAAGUAAUAGUAACUAUAUGGAUAUAUGUAAAGAGGAGAACAUGAUAGGAGCACCAGGAGGAGUAGGAGUAGCUAUUAGGAACUCAGGAUAUUGCAGGAAUAAGGACGAAAUACAUAAUAGUAAUGUAAAUAUAGAGGACAAGGUAGAUGAAAAUGCAAAAGAAAAUGAAAAAACGCUUAUGGACAAUUAUGCUAAUUACUUUAGAAGGUUAAACGAUAUUAAUAGUAGUACUAGUAAGAGUAAAGAAAAAGAGCCAUGGGAUAACAGUAUGUUCAGUAGAAAUUCAACAUUAGACAAUGCAUUAAAUUAUUCAUGUUAUUCCAGUGAUAAUAAAAAUAAUUCUUAUUGUAGUACCAGAAUGUUACGAAAGAAUGAAUAUAGAAAUAAGUACAACAUUGAUCCUAAUGUAGUACAAAAUUCGAUAAUAAUAGAAGACAAGACAAAUAUGAAUUAUACGAAUACAGAGGUUAGCAGCAACACAGGGGAAUUUAAUUAUUCUUCGAAUGAACAAAAAUCAAGUAGGAACUUCAAAAAUAGUACCAUUCUGAACAAUAAUAUCACGAAAGAUCAUUUAAAUAGUGUUGACGUUUGCUCGAGAGAUGAAGGUACUCUUAUAAAAGGUAACACCGUGAAGAAUAUGAAUGAUAAUUUAAAUGAUAGUUUGCAUAAUGGUAGUGUCAAUAUUAGAAGUGUGAACGUUGAUAGUGUGAAGAUUAAUAUAAAGGAAGAAAAAAAUGAUGGAAAGGAAAUAAACAGAGAAGUUAAAGGAGAAAAUGAAGUAGAUAAGGAUAAAAGGAAUGAUGAUAAUAAUAAUAAUAAUAAUAAUGAAAGAAGCAAUAGCAGUAGUAGUAAUGGAGUGAAGAAAAAUAAUAGUCAAGAGGAUAAUAAAGAAUCUAGCAUGUCAAAUGUGAAUUUCUUUUUUACAAGAAAUAUAGAAAGUAGUGAACAGGAAACGCACGAUAAUUGCGAGAAAAGGGGUAAUAUUAGUAAUAAUAAUAGUAAUAAUAGUUGCAGUAAUAGCAUUGGUAAUGAUGAAAAUACAACAAAUGUCUUAUAUACAAACUUGGAAGCAAAUAAUAAGAAUGACAAUGAAAAGAUUAGUUAUAAGGAAAUGAAAAAUAUCAAUGUAAUGAAGAAAGUGAUGAAUAUCCACGAGAACACUCAUAGAAUAUUAGAAGUUACAGGUGAAGAUAUUAAUACAUUAAAUAGAAAAUACAAUGAAACAAUAAUAUUUGACGAUUUAAGUAGAGCAGAAAACGAGGAGCUUAAAAAUUGCUGUACAUUAAGAAAUGAUUCUUUGGAUAUUUCGGAUCUUAGCAUACAAAAAGAAGAGAAUGAGCAUUAUUUGAGUAAUGAAAAAGACCAGGACAAAAAUAGUAGGAGCAUGCAGUAUGUGUUAAUAGAUGCUAAGAACAAUUUAAAUGAUACAUAUAAUCAAAAUUCUAAUUCUAAUCGUGCUGUAAAUUGUAAGGAGGAUAAAGAAUGUGAAAUAACUAUAGAUAGUCUAUUAAAAGAAACAUUUCGUUUGAAGGAUGACAAGCUUAUGAGUUUAAAAACAAAUACAACGCAAAAAGAGAUUUUAGAUUGUUUAAGAAUGGUAUCUAAUAUUAAAAAAGUAUUUUUUGAUGAAUGCACAAAAAUGAUAAAUGAUCAGAUUUUUGCAUUAGAAAAAAAUUUCAGGAUACCUAACUGUUCCUUAUCAAUACUGAAAAACUCAUUUGGUUAUAAUGAGGACAUAUGA